AUGUCGGACGGCCUGCUGCAGGUGGAGAUCCCAGACUUCGGCAGCAGCGUGCUGGGCAGCCUGAACGAGCAGCGGCUGCUGGGCCACUACUGCGACGUGUCCAUCCUGGUCCAGGGUCAGGCCUUCAAGGCGCACAGGGCCGUGCUCGCCGCCUCCUCGCUGUACUUCAGAGACCUGUUCAGCUCGGCCACUGACUCCUCCUCCUCCCAGGCGGUGUUUGAGCUGCCGUCUUCGGUGACGCCGACGUGUUUCCAGCAGAUCCUGUCCUUCUGCUACACAGGCCGCCUCAGCAUGGCCGCCAGCGAGCAGCUGGUGCUCAUGUACACCGCCGGGUACCUGCAGAUCCAGAACAUCGUGGAGCGAGGCAUGGAGCUGAUGAUGAUGAAGGCCUCCUCCUCCUCCUCCCCUCUCUGCUGCGACUCACAGACGACAUCGGUAGACGAGCUCGGGAGCUAUGACAACCUGGUGGUCCAGCAGCAGCACAGCGCCCCCCGGCUGCAGGAGGCCAGUCCGGACCAGCCGGCCCUGAGUCCCGAGGAUCUGCUGUUAGCUGUGAGCAGGAUAAAACAGGAGCGAGCCGACACUCCUCCGGCUCAGGAGAACGCAGGAGCAGCGGCAGGAGGAGGAGAGGAAACCAGGGGGGACAUGGCCGCCGACCUCCAGACCUCCAGGAACAGUGCUCUGUGUUACCUGGGGGCCAGUGGAGCUUUGGUCCCAGGGCUGCAGUCCUACCUGCUGGCUGCUGGGGGGCGCUCCAGUCCAGAAGGGUCCAGUCUUCCCACAGACUCUCCUCCCUCUCACCCCCCCACUGAGGAGGAGCUGGAGGAGGAUUACUACGGCAACACAGUCCAUCCUGGACUCUACCAGCACCUCUACGGGCAUCCUGCAAACGCCUACAUCCAAGAGAAGCUGGAUAUGCUGCCUCUCCCAUUGGCUAACGAGCGGCGACCCUGUGUUCUGGUUGGUCGUGACAACAUGGCUCUACCCGCCAGUCUGAUCAGUCAGAUCGGGUAUCGCUGCCACCCGUCACUGUACACCGAGGGCGACCCGGGGGAGAAGGUGGAGCUGGUGGCAGGUUCGGGUGUGUUCAUGACUCGAGGUCAGCUGAUGAACUGUCACCUGUGUGCUGGGGUCAAACACAAGGUGCUGCUCAGGAGGCUGCUGGCCACCUUCUUCGACAGAAACACACUGGCCAAUAGCUGUGGAACAGGGAUCCGCUCCUCCACCAAUGAUCCGAGCCGAAAGCCCCUUGACAACCGAGUGUUAAACACUGUGAAACUCUAUUGUCAGAACUUUGCCACCAGCUUUAAGGAGAGUGAGAUGAACGUCAUAGCGGCCGACAUGUGCACCAACGCUCGCCGGGUGAGGAAGCGCUGGCUCCCCAAGAUCCAGUCGCUGCUGCCGGACGCCGGCCUCCCGGCCUCCCGCAAGGCCAAGCGUGGGGGCGGAGCUGCGGCUGCAGAGGCCGCGGUGCAGCCCGGCGGCGGCGGCCCCUUCGAGCUGGACCUGCGGCAGCUCAGCUCCUCCUACCUCAGCCUGGAGGCGCCGCUGUACACAGAGAGACGCGGGAGGGAGGCCGCGGGGGAGAGAGAGAGGGAGAGAGAGAGGGAGAAGGAAGCGCCAGCCGCCAUCUUGCCUCACCUGCAGUUCGCCGGGUCGCGUGGGGGCGGGGCCGGAAGUGGACAGGUGCAGGACGGGCUGACGGGAGGCGAGGCCGACGGGGGGGGGAGGUUACAGACUGAACCCGCUUCACACCUCCCCCUGUCCCUCUCCUCCUGCUCCUCCUCCUCCUCCUCGCACCCCUCCCCCCAACCGGAAGAGCCCGCUCCUUCUAGAGGAUUGGCCGACACAGAAGAGAGGGGGGCGGGGCCUCUGGAAGACAGCCAAUAA